UUUGCUUUUGUUUCUCGCUCAUUAUUUAUAACAUUCGUUUGUCAUUUUUGUCAUUUUAUAGAGCUUCCAAGAGCAGCUGUCAGGAUCUUAAGCAACAUGACAUUCCUUUUUGUGAGUUUGUCAUACACAGCUGAGAGUGCCAUUGUCACAGCUUUUAUUACCUUCAUUCCCAAGUUCAUCGAGUCACAGUUUGGCAUCCCAGCUUCCAAUGCCAGCAUCUACACUGGUGUGAUUAUUGUCCCAAGUGCUGGUGUUGGUAUUGUCCUAGGUGGCUACAUUAUAAAAAAACUGAAACUCGGUGCAAGAGAGUCUGCAAAGUUGGCUAUGAUCUGCAGUGGUGUAUCUCUGCUGUGCUUUUCAACUCUCUUCAUUGUUGGAUGUGAAAGCAUUAAUCUAGGGGGAAUAAAUAUACCUUACACAACUGGUCCCACUCUUGCCAUGGCCCACAGGAAUCUGACUGGGAGCUGUAAUGUUAACUGUGGAUGUAAGAUUCAUGAGUACGAGCCUGUCUGUGGAUCAGAUGGAAUAACAUAUUUUAAUCCUUGCCUAGCUGGCUGCAUCAAUGGUGGAAACCAUAGCACAGGGGUAAGAAAUUACACAGAAUGUGCCUGUGUCCAGAGUCGCCAAGUGAUCACUCCACCGACGGUUGGCCAGCGCAGUCAGCUCCGGCUGGUUAUUGUCAAAACCUACCUGAAUGAGAAUGGCUAUGCUGUUUCUGGGAAGUGUGAUCGAACCUGCAACACGCUUAUCCCCUUCCUGAUAUUUCUCUUCAUUGUUACCCUUAUAACAGCAUGCGCCCAGCCGUCAGCAAUCAUAGUGACACUCAGGUCUGUGGAAGAUGGGGAGCGGCCCUUUGCACUAGGAAUGCAGUUUGUUUUAUUACGAACUCUUGCUUACAUUCCCACUCCAAUUUAUUUUGGGGCUGUUAUUGACACCACGUGCAUGCUUUGGCAACAGGAUUGUGGCGUACAAGGAUCUUGUUGGGAAUACGAUGUCACCUCAUUUCGUUUUGUCUACUUUGGGUUGGCAGCUGCUCUCAAGUUUGUGGGAUUCUUUUUUAUUUUCCUGGCCUGGUAUUCCAUUAAGUGUAAAGAAGAGCAACUGCAGAGACGGAGAUGGAGGGCUUCGCCGGUGAACACUGUGAGUGAGAUGGUUGGCCAAGCUGGACCCCAACAAAACUAUGCACGGACUAGAUCCUGCCCUACCUUCAGUUCCAGAGGAGACAUCAGUGUGGCACAAGGAAUGAAAUGCAUGGCACAGACAUACUCUGGCCCUUUUUCAGAAGCAAUAAAUUCCUCAAAUGAAAAUGCAUUGGAAGAGGUCACUGCUGAGAUAUAGACCCCUGGCUUGGUAAUAUAAUAUUUAGGUUUGUUGGUUGACUUAAUUAUGGCGCCUUGUAAAACACCUGUGCCUUCUGUUUUUAAUCUAAAUGUGACACGUGAUAAAACCAACAAAGCUUAAUGCAAACAACCAUAGUAUGUUCCUGAGGGCUGGAUACCUCAAACCAACCCAAGUUCUUAUU